AAAAAUGAAAAAUAGUUUUGUUAGUAGUUAAAAUGUCAUCCAUCGAUUUAUUCAAACAAGCAGAAAAUUUAAAACUAGCAUGCAAUGAUACAACUAAAGGACCAAAUGAAGUUUGGAAAUCAAGGCAGCUACUCCAGGAAAUCUAUCAGACUCUCCUAACUACAGAUUUAGAAUUUGCCUUGGAUAAAAAAGUUGAACAAGACUUAUGGAAGUAUACAUUCAAGAAGCAGAUUUCAUCAUUGCAAUGUCAGGGCAAGGAUAACAAGCAAGGGAAUUUAAGGAAGGGUGAAGUACAAGCAGGUUUGAACUUGUUCCUCAAGGCAGCCAGUGGAUUUUAUUUGCAGUUGUUGCAGGAGUUGACAUGUUGGUGGAAGAUGGACACUCCAUUCAACAAGCAGCCAUACUGCAUUGGCAUCAUAAAAGAGUACCCACCAAUAAGGACUAGUAAGAAGUUUGCCCACCUCAAUUCCUACAUGUACAUUUGUCAGGAUUGUUUGGUCCAUCUUGGAGACAUCUCGAGGUACAGGGACUUGAUUGACCAGGCCCAGUUCUACUACAAACAUGCUGCUAGAUUGGCGCCCUUCAAUGGCCAGCCGUACAAUCAGUUGGCCAUCUUGGAGGUUCAACGCGGCAACAAGCUGUCGGCUGUUUUCUAUCACAUGAGAGGUCUUGCCCUUAUACAUCCAUUUCCUGUUUCAGAGGUCAACCUGAUGAAGUUCUUCAACAAAAUAUCAAAGGACAGCUACGAAAGCAGGCAGAAGCUGGCCAGCAACGAGUGGAUUUCCUUCUUUCUGCAGUUCCACGCAACGAUUUUUCUUAAUUUGGAUUUGAACAAAUCAGAGAUUCGACUGAAUAAAAUUCUCUCAACAUUCAACAACAACCUCGAAUCAACAUCGGGAUUCUCAGGCCUGCAACUCAUUCAGAUAUGUGCCAUCAACUUCUACCAAUGUUACUGCCUGGCAAAGAGGGUAGCAACAAAAUCUAACGAUAAGAAGAAUGCAUUCAACAUUAACCAAUCAGGUGACAGCAAGAAGGUAAGCGAUGUCACUGGAAGGUCUGGUUGCGAGACCGAUGUCACUGGAAGAUCUGGUUGCCAGGAUCAUCUCGUUGGCAAUGACGGAGAUGAAAGCAGAACUUUGAAAGUUUUGCUCUCUGAGGAUGCACGAGGCUGUAGUGGAAGCACUGAUGGUGAAGUCAGAAGUAACCGUUGGGGUCUGGAAGGAGAGGUGGAGGACAUGAUUGAUGACAGUUUUGUUUUUGAUGAGGUACGAAACAUUCCUCACCAUGGUGAUCAUUUAGAUUCAACUGCGCAUAAGGAACGUUGUGUUGAUGCGAGAGAUGUGCAGUACAAAAAGCAGUUGAUCAUGGUGACGGAUUUGACAGUUGCAAUAUUGAAUCAAAUGCUCGAGAAGUGCUGUGAAGCUGCAACUACAAAUGAACAGAAUGGCUGCAGUGAAUUCAACGACUUCGCACUUGAAACAGUUUUUCCCUCUGUUAAGUCGUGUCUUGAAUGGCUGGUCAUCAACCUUGAAAUGUUGCACGACUGCACCAACGUGCAGACUGUUGGACUCUGGUCUGCAAACUGUUGAACAAGUUGCUAGCCUAUAGAAACAUACAGCGUCAACGUUUGUCGAUCAAUUCAAAUGGAGAACAUUAUAGAAGCAUUCCAUUAGGCGAGGAUUAUGAUCUCUCACAUUUCCUGCCUCUGUCCAAGGCUCAGAAAAACCUGGACCUCUUCACCCGAUUCCCACAAAUGCUGGCUGCAGAGGAACUCUCAUUUGUCAGGGUUCAGAGAAUGCUUAAUGCCGGAAUACAGCUUUCAAAAUUUCUUUCAAAGUUGAGCCAGUCCAAGGACCUCAUAGCGUAUAGUUUGCAGGUGGGAUACUCGGAAUCUGGCCACGUAGUAUCUUUUACAACCAACGCACAGAGCCAAGCAGUUCCCGAGCAGUCGACACCUUUCACGACGCCAACAUCAGCCGCUCUGCCAAAAGUUUAUUCUGAAAGAAGACAUACCAGGACCAAUGUUGCUAUGCAGGCCAUCUUGAGCAAGACGAUCAGCCAGGACUGUGCUCUCCAACCUGCUGACCAAUCACAAGAGACUACAUCCCUUGCGCUCUCAAGUAGAUCAGAGACAAUAGAAAACGAUCUCAAUGCGUCGAACCAUAAAACAAGAAGCAAGAAAUAUCUCAAAGUGGAUUUCAACAACUAGUUGAAAUAAACAGUCGCUCACAUUUUCAUACCCGUGGAUGUCGAAUUGUCAGCAACUUAAGUACGAAGCAACUGUUCCUUCCUGAAAUUUUCCUUCAUUCCAUAGUUGUGCAGAAGUGUUUGAAACUGUUUACUUGUUUGUUUAAUUUUAACUGAGCCAUAAUUACUUGCAAGCUGUAUACGUAUUCUGCUGAUAACUGUACAAAAGUUUACCGCGCAGGUUAACUUUCGCUAUAAAUUCAGGGUUAUCUGUAGGAUGCCGUUGAAAUUCUAACAAACCAAACCAUCUUUUUACUUGCUUUUAAUUGGUUUUUGAAGUUUUCUCUGCAAUAUUUACAAUUCAUUGCAUUUCUCUUCUCAACUUGCAAGUUGACGCUCAAGAUUGCUUGCCAUAUUUGCUUAUCGGCUGCAAUGAUAUUUUUCAUUAAGGGAUAUUUUAUAUUGAAUAAAAUCUUGUGAGUUAAAAUUUCAUGUUAGCACAUUUAGUACGUGAAAAAAUCGUGUGAUCUGGAAUUAGAACGUUUUUGCUUCUUUUUCAUUGUACUAAAGAUGUUAAUCUCUUUAUAUUUCUAGGAUCAAUUUUUGUACAACUUUGAAGACAUUUCUGCACAUCAACACAAGAUUUGGACCCAGUAUAAAAAAACUUCAUUUUUUUUCUUUUGACAAAAUCUAGGUGUCACCGACUUAAUGACCAGAAACAACUUAUAAGCCACUUGUUGUAAAAGAAUGGAGCAAUGUUGUUCACCUUAUCGUGAGAUUCAUCGGCGGCAGGUUUCCGAAUUAAGUUGAACCUAGACCGACCAUGAAAUACUUUUUUCACGAUUCAAAACCAUCAGACUAAUUUCUGUCUUUAUUUUAUUUUUUGAUUAUGACCUGAUUAAUUUGUAUCUGUUUGAUGAGAAAUUUAUUAUGAAAAAAAAUUUAAUUCUAUCUCUGAGUUUAAUAAUAAAUUUGUAUUCGUUCG